GCGGGGCAAAAAGGGGGCACAAGCAGAGCGUCUCGGUGACUAUAAAGCCUCACCGUGAUCGACUUAAGCUCGUGCCUUUAACUGCAGUUACCACGAGAGUCUCGCACGUGGUUUUUCGGAAAACCCAAGUGUGUCUCACAUACAGUGUGAUUAGCUCGCUGCAAGUGCGCAAUUGAUUUCACCGAGAAUAAUAAUAAUCGAGAAGUCGUCGUUUUGGCUAACUUCCGGAAUACGGCAAGAUUCAUCAUGAAUACCCUCAUAUUGUUGCUCGGUCUGACGACGAUGGCGUGCGCUCAGUUCAGCAGAUUCACAACUCCGUAUCCACAACCGACGCAAUAUUACAAUCCCAAUUACUACAACCGACCUUACUAUGCCAUACUGCGACAAACGCAAGACUCUUCGCCGGAUGGAUCCUACUCUUACAGUUACGACACGGAAAACGGCAUUUCCGUAGCAGAGCAGGGUUACCCAAGAAACGUUGGACCUAACCAAAUCGAGACGGUCAGAGGUCAAUAUAGUUACACAGCUCCGGACGGUACGCCGAUCUUGGUUACUUACACAGCCGACGAAAAUGGCUUUCUGGCGAGUGGCGCUCACCUGCCGACACCACCGCCGAUACCGAAGGCGAUACAACGUGCUUUGGAACACAACGCGGCUCAUCCUGAAGAGGAGGAGCCCUACAGGAGAUAUUAGAAAUAUCUAUGCUAGAACUGCUCCCAACGCCUCGAUAUAGCGUAUUGUGAAACAACAAUCAAUUAUCGUAUUUUUCGGAAUAUAUACGCAUGACAUAGACUUCUGUCUAUGUUACCCGUAUCUAUGAAAGAUCCCUUCGAAAUUUCGACGGUUCAUUCUUGUUGAUUAUUAAUUAACAGAAAUAAAUUAUUAAGGCAGAAAAUUAUUGAGCAUUUUUCUAAGCAUAUCUAAAAGUCGAGAGAGUUGCGCUUAUCGAUGAUUUAUUUAUUCCAUGAUUGUUAUAUCGAUAAAUAGCUUGUCGAGCAGUACUAGUAUUUAUUUUGAGCGUGCAAUAUGAGGCACGAUUAGGCGAGAUAACGGGACGUGAAGUUGAUGAGUAGAAGUGAAAAUGAUAAUAAGAGAUAAUAUAAAUGAAUUUUUUUCAUUUUUUUGUUAAUAAAUAAAUAAAUAAGCUUACUUUUUAUUUUUAAUGAUCGCAGACUCUUGACCAAUAAAUGUGAGAUGUGAAAGAGAUCAUUUUUACGUAAUUUGUCGUUUUAUAGAAAUUUAUUUUCUUUUGGCUUGUUAAUUUCUCUCAUUUGCUCGCAAAUGCAAAGAGCAUGUAAUUUUAUUAAUUUUUUUAUUUUAUUCUUUUUAUUUGAGAUGUACCGAUAUAACGUCGUUGUUGUUGAAACACCACUCAUUUUGUGUUGAUACUUAAGAAAUCGCGAUACGAUGUAACAGAAGAAAAGUCGUUCUGGAGAUGUUGUAACUUAUGUAUAUGAUCGGUAAUACCGCACAACCAUCAAAGUUCGAGAUUCAAAAUAAAAUGUUGAACAAAAUUAUUAUACAUUACAUACAUAUGUUACACGCAGCAUGCGGCUGAGCGAAGUUCAGCAUUAUUAUAUAAGACGACAUGAUAAUAUCUUAAAUAUGAAUUACACAAGACCACCUUACCUUACUGAAAGGAGAUUAAUAUAUUAUAAGAGUUUAGUGCCGAGUGGUGCAAUUUGCAAUCACAUUUCUCUACGGUAAUAAGACUUUAUUUAAAAGGAUACAUUUAUAAUAGAUCUAUAAAAAGAUAUUAAUUAAGGUGCAUUAAAUUAAGGUGCAUAAGUAAGUGCUGUAAUUAACUGGAAUUUGCAUUCGUCCUUAAGGAUUUCGCCUAAACGUGUCUUAAACCCUAAAUAGUAUAAACCCAUGUGAAAGUACAGAAAUUGAAAGAACUCUUGUGCACGUUAGAAUAACAUGCAUCAAGUAUAAAAAUUAAGUAUAAAAAUUAAUUAAUUUUGUCUUUUUAUAAAAUUUUUGUAAAAUUUUCGAGUGAAACGAUAAUCCUAUAUAUAAUAAAUUGUGAAAGAGUUAAGACUCUGCUAAAGUUAUACUGUUAUACUGUUUAGGGUUAACCGAUUAAUUUAUGAUAUUUCAUCCCUCUGGAAGAUCUGUUGAUUACGGAGUAUACUGCUUUACUUUGAUCCUAACACAAAGAGAUUACUUUCAAUUGACGCGAUCGAGGCGUCCUGCGAUCACCGAUCUGUCUCUUCCAUAUUCUUCGCUUGAUGGGAAAUGGCGGAGGCAAUGUUGGGGACCAGAUACGGAUGCUUGAUGCGACAAUACGUCAUAUCAUAAUUGUACUGUAAUGUAUCAUGCUACGUCUAUCUUAUUAAAUCGUUUAAUUGUGCAUGCUUCUCUACGUAUUUUGAUAAUCAUGUGCCUAUAAUUGUAAUAACGCGUCAGCGAAGUUAUUAAGAAUUUGUUUUCGUUCUAGUGCCUUUAAUGACUUUUAACAAACUGGGUUACAAUAAUAAAUAAAUUAUUUUAAUAUGCAAAAUAAA